AUGGCUCAAGAGAGAAUUCAAGGAAAGAAGAUUGAGAACUGUGGUAAAUAUCGAGCAAAGAGGGUGUGGAAGAUAGAUGAGGAUGAGGAAGACUAUGAAGCUGAUUUCCAAGUAUUUUUAAAGGAAAGCAAUGAAGAGGAUAAGAAGCACCACAAGUUUAUAGCACUCAUGGAUGUCUCAGGGUCAAGAAAAGAGAAAGUUGGACUCGAUUUUCUAAAGAAAGAUGCCAUCAUCCACAAACCACUUCCUAUAGAUAAAAGACCUGUUGUAAGGACAAAGCACAAGCGCAAGAACCCAUAUAGGGGCAUCCGCCGCCGACCUUGGGGCAAAUGGGCCGCUGAAAUCCGUGAUCCUAGAAAGGGUGCUCGUGUUUGGCUAGGCACGUAUAAAACACCAGAAGAAGCUGCAAGAGCGUACGAUGUUGAGGCCCGCAAGAUUAGAGGCAACAAGGCAAAGGUGAAUUUCCCUGAUGAGGUGCCACCAAACAUGAUGAGUAAUACAACAAAACCAACUGUUAUUGCAAUGCCAACAAUACCUUUUCUAGCAGAGAAGUUUAGCACCAAUUCCCUAGUAAGCCAUUCAAAAAACUCAAAUGAAGAUCUAUUCUCUGUGGUGAACUUCAAUGGAAAGAAUGCUCGCUCAAUUCCUACUGACGGAUUCGGGUUACCCUCUAUGAAGAUACCUCAUGCGUCUUAUGAAAUCCCAAGGAUGGGUGGGUGUGCAAGUCAAAAUAGAUUUUCAAUUGGUUCUUCAAGCAACGGAUUGGCGAGAUUCGAUGGAAACAAUGCUAGAUCAAUUAGUACUGAGGGUUUUGGGUUGCUCCCUACAAAAAUGUCUCGUGACCCUUUUGAGACCCUAAGGAUGGGCCAGUAUCCAAGUCAAAAUAAUUUUUCAGUUGGUUCUUCAAGCAACGGAUUGGUGAACCUUAGUGGCAACGGUGCUAGCUCAAUUUGUACUGAGGGUUUCGGGUUACUCUCUAUGCAAAUGCCUCAUGCCCCUUUUGAGACUCCAUGCAAUGGCCAGUGUCCAAGUCCAAACAGAUUUUCAAUUGGUUCUUCAAGCAACAGAUUGGUGAACCUUAGUGGCAACAAUGCUAGCUCAAUUAAUAAUGAGGGUGUUGGGUUACUCUCUGUGCAAAUGCCUUGUACCGCUUCUGAUACCCCAAGGAUGGGCCAGUGUCCAAGUCAAAACUUUUUUUCAGUUGGUAAUUCAAGCAACGGAUUGGUGAACCAUAGUGGAAAUAAUGCAAACUCAGUUCCUACUGAGGGCUUUGGUUUACUCUCGAUGCAAAUGCUUUAUGCCCCUUUCGAGAACCCAAGAAUGGGACAAUGGCCAAGUCGAAACAUACAUUCGGUUGGUUCUUCAAGCAACGGUUUGUGCAAUGAGGCUAACAGGAACAUGAAUGCAUCCUCUUGCUUACCGCAUGCUAGCUUGCCAACGUUAAGUCAACCUACAUUUCCCGGUCCAUCAACGAUGAUAGAAAGCAACAUUGGCACAAUUGUUCCUACUUUGAGCAAUGCCACACCCAAUGUUCUCUUUGGCGCGGCUAGUGAUGAUGCAGGGACAAAAAUCGAUCAGCAGCCUAUCCCCCAAGUGAUGGAAAAUGAAUACAUUCCUUCCAUUUUAAAUGGUGAUGUUAGUGAGGAUGUAGCUGCUGAGAUUAGUAUGUGGAAAUUCUAUGACCGGCUGCCAGCUAAUGGAAAUUAA